AUGACGGUGAUGCCAUGGGAACGCGGACUGGAGGUCACCAAGGGCAAGCUGCAGGCGGAAGGGGAGGAAGGGAGGCAGCAGGCGGGCGGCUGGUUUUUGUCGGAUCGAUGGGGGAGGUACGACGGCAAAGAACCCUGGAUUCUGGCGCGUCCCCAGCCCCGGUCCCCGCCCGACCGAUCCCACCCAAAACCUUUCGCUAACUUAGAAGCGGCAACCCUGGCUCGGUUCCCAGGACUGCACCCAAGCCGCAGCGGCCGCCACCUGCGGUCGCGGCGGCCAGCAGGGCUCCCUCGAGGAGUCCCGUCCCAGUCCCCACGGACCCGCGGUCCCUCGGGGCCGGGUCCCGCGGGCAGGCCGCGGAGCCGCGGCGAGCCGGGAGGCGGCGCGCGCACGCGGGCCUCGACCUCUGCCCCCGUCGCCCCACGCAGGGACGGGACAUUCCGCUCCUCCGCUGGCCCGGGGGCGGGGGGUGGGACCCUCCGAUCCCGGGCGCACAGGCGACGCCUGAAUCCGGGACGCUGGGAGCCGCGUUCCGGGAAUCGCGGCCGUCAGGCCCCGCCCUUCGCCGUGCGCAGCCCCCGGGCCAGUGGCCUGGCGCGCCCCGCCCGCGGGGGCCAAUCAGCGCGCAGGGCCCCGCUCGGGGGGCGGGGGUGGGGGCGGAGUCGGGGGCGAGUCCCGCCCGGGAGGAGGGCCGCGUGCCGCGUCUGCGGGGAGGACGGAGCGGGCCGCAGAGGGGCGGUGAGCAGGGGACGCCGGGCGCAGCCAGACCAGCGGCCCGCGGCCGCCCUGUCGACGGGCCGGACCGGGCCCGGCGCCGAGGGGACUCGGCUGCGGAGACCCGAGAGCGAGGCGCCCGCCGGAGGUGAGGAGGCCGGGGCCGAACGCGGGGCCGCGCCGCGGGGCGGGGGGGUGAGGGCGCGGGCGCAGGCGCGGCUGGACGGCCUGCGACCUGGCGCUUCGGGGGCCGCCCGCCUGGCCGGCCGGGAGGGCGGCGCCCCCGCCGGGAGCCGCCGAUCCCCGCCGGGAAAUCCCCGCAUUCCUCGGAACCGGUCCCGCAUUCCUCGGAACCGGUCCCGCAUCCGGAUCGGAGCCCGCAUCUCUGUCCCCGGGAACCUCCGCGCGGAGCGCGUCCCUCCGUGCGCCGCCCAGCCGCUGGCCCGCACACAGACGGCGGACGCGUCCACUCGAGCACACACACUCACCGAACACCCCCCCAGCUCCUUUGAGGAUUCUGCCCCCUUUGGGUUACGAAUCCCCACUUUCCCCGUCCCGGGCCGCUCAGCCUCCGCUUGGGUUACAGGCCAGGCCCUCGGCCCCCUUCCCUCCGGAGCCGAGUGUCUCUGGCUCCGACUUGCGGAGCUCACAUGCCUCCUCUCUGCAGUGGCCCCUCCCGGGCCCAGAGCUGCUCCUGCUUGA